UGCGUCACGGGCGGAAACGGAACGGGAAGCGGAAGCGGCGCGGGGGCCGCCCGGUACCGGGGGAAGCGCGCCGCACCCGCCGCGUCCUUGGGGACACGCCGGCAUGGAGGGGACCGCGCCCCGGCGGUGCGGCCGCCUCCUGUCGUCAUGCCGAGCCCCCGGAGCAGCCGCGAGCGACGCGCCGGCGGCAGCGGCGGCCGCCUGGAGUUCCUGUCCCUGAGCCAGCGCGGCCCCGCCGCUCCCGACAGCCCCUCCCGCCGCAAGGAGUCCGGCGGCGCCGCAGCCGCCCCGCUGCCCGAGGAGGACUGCAUGAAGCUGAACCCGUCCUUCGUGGGCAUCGCCCUCAGCUCCCUGCUCGCCAUCGACCUCUGGGCCUCCAAGCGCCUGGGCGUGUGCGCUGGAGAGGGCUCGGCCUGGGGCAGCGCCCGCCCCCUCAUGAAGGUCAUCGAGGUGUCGGGGCAUGGCAUCCCCUGGSUGCUUGGCACCUUCUACGGCCUUUGCCAGAGUGACAGCUCGGCAGCCAGGGAGGUGCUGCUCAACCUGCUCUUCGCAUUGCUACUGGACAUAGUGAUGGUGGCGGUGGUGAAGGGAAUUGUCAAGCGGCCGCGGCCCACCCACAACAAGAUGGACAUGUUUGUCACCAUCUCGGUGGACAAGUACUCCUUCCCGUCGGGCCACGCCACCAGGGCCGCUCUGGUCUGCCGCUUCGUCCUGCGCCACCUGGUCCUGGCCGUCCCGCUGCGGGUGCUCGUGGUGCUCUGGGCUCUCAUCGUCAGCAUCUCCCGGGUCAUGCUGGGCAGGCACAACAUGACGGACGUGCUCUUCGGGCUGCUGCUGGGUUAUGCACUGUACGGCGUGGUGGAGCACUGCUGGCUGUCCCCGGCCACCAUGCCUGCCCUCUUCGCGCUCUGGAGCCACUGACUGACCRCUGGCUUCCUCACAAAGCAGGGACCAUGUGCUGGUGUUCUGAKCACGCACAGGGAGAGGAUUCUGGGACUUGAACUCGCAUCCUAAACCACAUCAGUCCAGCCAAGACUUCUACACGAGCGGUGCUGCAGGCUCCAGAGCCUGCACUCAGAUGUUUGGUGCUGUUUUGCCCUCCUGGUCGGCUGUCAGGCAGGGUCUGCACUGUUCUCUGGUGACAAAAACCGGUCUCUGCAGAGCCUGGGGAGGGCUCACCACACACACUGGGCAGCCCACUGCUAAUACUGUGAAUCUGCAUGCUCUCGCUGGGCACCUGCAAUAGCCCAUGGUGUACAUGGUAGCCGUGACUUGCAGAGGCUUCCCUACAAUCAUCCCUGUAUCUGUAUUCCAUAAAUACACUGAUGAUGCUGCUGUCAUAAGCAUACCCUGUGCAGCCUGCUCUAMAACACCUGCCUGGAGGGG